CCGAGUCCAUCGUCAGCUCAGACGCCAAGUCCCGGGGACGUAUUCAACGUCAGUCCUCUUCGACAUGUUCCAACACAGAACUAUGUACAGGUACCGAGUCCAUCGUCAGCUCAGACGCCAAGUCCCGGUGACGUAUUCAACGUCAGUCCUCUUCGACAUGUUCCAACACAGAACUAUGUACAGGUACCGAGUCAAUCGUCAGCUCAGACGCCAAGUCCCGGUGACGUAUUCAACGUCAGUCCUCUUCGACAUGUUCCAACUCAGAGCUCGAGCGUCAACCCUUAUGCUCCCACCUCGACUCAGGUGAAUAAUCCAAGUGAGAUAUUCGGCGUGCACUCUCUGCGACAUGUACAAACCCACAAAAAUUACAUCGAAAACGAAUCAAACGGAGUGAAUAGACCAACUCAUUUCACUAAUGGGGCGAAUACAAGAUCGACACACGUGAGCAGUCCUGAGGCACCGCAGGUAGUUUACCAAACACAGAGACUUUCAAGUGACCAGGAAUCUCCGUUUCGCGGGCAACCAUACAUGAAGAAGUUGUCUAUAGAUAGCUCCAAUGGAGAAGUCAUACGAUCACCAGAAGGUAUGGUCCCCCCGCUUGUGUCGUCUGCAACCUUCACAACACAACUUCCGGUGGGUGAUAAUUAUGUAAAUGAGCGGGAAAAUGGCACAAAGUUGGUUUUGAGGACAAACAGUGGCCAGGAUGGAACAAAUACCUCCAGUAUGACGUCAUCGGCGUCUGUCAGUCCAUACAGCUCCGUUCCCUCAUCUCCUAGGCAUGACCCAGGGGCUCCAUUAACCGGCCUUGAAGCAGACAAUAAAGCCGUGUACGAUCCUGUAUCUCCUCGUUACGCCAAACCCACGGCCAAGUCUCGCUGCCUUGUAUGCGACAAGACAGUGUACGCUAUGGAGAAACGUGGACCUUUCAAAGAUGACGUGCUGUUUCAUAAAGGCUGUUUUAGGUGCGCUGUUUGCAGCAUGAUGCUUGACCUGAAGAACUUCUGCCAGAAUCCAAAUGACUUGGCGGACCUGAACAUUUAUUGCAAGUCUCACAAACCCUCCGAAAAAUUUGGGAAACUUGACGCUGGUGCCUUGUCCAUAACACGGGCCUUACAUGCCCCGAGGCUGGGUCAGAUGAACGAACAGAUUAGAGGAGGGCCAGAAGCAAUGAAGGGAGGAAAGAUGGACGCUGGAGCGCUCAAUAUAAGAAGUGCACUGAACGUUCCAAAGGCCCAGGUGACGACACACGAAACUGUAAAAAACACAGCACAUUCCUACCAAAUAGACAACCAAACAGUUGCCAUGGUGCAUGCGAGAAGCGUCCCAGCAACCGAACUUCAAGUAUCGAAUAAACUACGAACCCAAGCGUGGUCACGUUCCAAUAGGAAAGCGGAAGGUGUUCCGCCUCCCGAUGUCAUCCGACACGAUACGCACCUUUCCGACUAUAGCGUGGACCACUACAACCACGACCCGCCGUCAUAAACCAGAAAAAAAGCCUUGAAAGGUUCUAUGGUCCAUGGCAGAAAGAUGACCCUUACCUAUUUCCUGGAAUCAUUGUGUGGUGAGAAAUAGUUGGAUCAGGAAAAGAUAACUUUCUUCGGAAGGAUAUUCAUGACCAUUAAGCAUGAAGAGUUAUCCGCCCCUGCCAUUGUAACACGCAAGAAUGGAUAACACCCAAUACUCAUUUCAGCCGACUCUUGAUAUUCUGCAGUUCGUGUUUACAUGUUAUCAUCAAUUUAAUGGUGCACUGUGAGACUGUGGAAGCCUUGACUGAAGGUACAAAUGAUGAAGAACGAUGGUAUUACUAUCUAACAAACCUCAAAACAACACGAGGGCAGUAGUUUAUUUUUAUCGGGAUACUGCGUCAUCUUCAGUAAAUACUCACAGAGGAGUAUGCGUUAGUUCCAGUACUGCCUAAACAUUAUUCGGAGAGGUCUACGGUAAUGCUUGGGGUAGUACGUGAACAUUCACUUGAGCUGGAUCUUCGUUGUAGUAUUGAGGCUUGUUAAAAUAAUUUUCUUGUUCCUCUUGACCUACCCAUCUCUAAACUUGCCCCGACUCACAUAUUUCUUGUAUCAUCAAGCACUGUUCCAAAAUGAUCUUUUCAGUUCAACUUUCGUGUUUGCAAUGGGUUUCGGCGUUUUCGGAAACGCAAAGCCUUUCAUACUGUGUCACAUUCACCAUGAUUACAAGACCUUGUUCCCAUAGGUUGAAAUACCAGUCGUGGUAAAACAUCGUAUGGUAUAUUAUACCGAACGUUUAUAGAAUUAUAUCCUACAGAAAAAUAUUAUCAAACAAAAAAACAUAAUAUUUCUUGAUGACCAGUCUUUUUCUGAAAAUGUGAGAAACAAGAAUAUUUUGUUAAUUAACCUGACCAAGACCGUGUAUUUCAAAACUAAAGGGUUCACGUAGUCAACAAGCGUCAUCUCUAACCACUGUCUUUCAUCCUAACAAGCAGCCGGAACCCAUUCAACAGCACGUCGCAGACGAUGUUGCAUUUGCAGGAUUGACCAGGAUGAUGUCGCAUCGGUUGAAGUUGCAAGAAUUGUC